CCCCAUUCCCCAAACAACCCAUUUGGUCCCACUCCACUUCACUCCUCUCCACUCUCUCUGUCUCUCAUCCCGAAUCCCCAACAACGGAGUUAACGAGUCCUCCACAUCUCCGUUUCCAACCGGUACUGUACUCUACACCGUCCCUUCAUUAACUACUCCCCUUAAAUACACGUUCGAAGUACGGCCUCAGUCCAACUACUCCACUGUUUGUAAAUUUCUCCGUACGGAGCCCCAAUCAGUUGAAACCCUAAUCUCUGUUUUCAGUUUGAUUUGGUUUGGUUUUGAAGGUUGGAGAAAAGCUUCAGUAGCGGGGGGCAAUGGAGGAGUCGUCGUCGUCGGGGGUGGGCCCGGUGGAGGACGUGGUUCAGGCGUUGCUGGAGUACUUGGUCGCUCCGUUGUUGCCUUUGAAGUCCUCCGGUCACCAGGUUCCGUCGCUUGCCCAACAGCAGUCGGUCGCUAAACAAGUGCAUGCUGCUGUGUUACUCUAUAAUUAUUACCAUCGGAAACAACAGGCAGAUAUAGAGUAUCUAGGUUUUGAGUCUUUUUGCAAGCUGGCUGUAACUUUGAAACCACAACUGAUGGGGUACAUGAAACUCAUGCACCGAUCCGAUUAUGCUGAGUUGGAUGACCUGGAAGAGCAGCUUUCUGUGACUGAGAAAGCAAUCAUGAGUGCUUGUGAUAUAUCUUUGGCUCUUGAUGCUUCUAAAGAUGCUCCAUGCAUUGAGGGAUGGCCAGUUUCCAAAGUAGCAGUUCUAGUAACCGACUCCAGUAAAGACCAUUGCUUGCUGCAGUUCAGUUCCAUCACCCAUGGGGUUUGGUCAGUCAUAGAGAAAGAUUAUGAUCUCUCUAGUGUCGGUUCAGAGCGUACCGUGGAAGGGCAAUAUGUAUACAAGAGGAAGAGGAACACGAAAAAGAGUUUGAGAAAUGAAACAAAUUCUGACGAAGCUGAUUUUCGGAAGCUUGUUAUUUCAGCCGUCAAGGAAGUGACAGGCAUUAAUGAGAGCGAUCUUGUGGUUUUGGAGAGCCAUGUGGUGUACUCCCUGAGUAAAGAAAAGACAUCUGUUUACUUUUACAUAGUGCAGUGCAGCCAAGCCAUCAGCGAGGAUCUUCAGGUUCCUAUUAAGGAUGUUAUUAACAGUUUGCAAGGCCCUUUGGUCAGAAAGAGCUCUUUCAAUUGGAUAGUGACUCCUGUCGUGGAGUACUUUCACGUGCUUCCUUAUGCUGGAAUCCUGACACACUGGUUUUCCAGGAAAGUGUUCUCGAAUGGUUUGCAAGGUUUAAGGCCAGUAUCGCAAAAUGGCAUCAUCAACUCUGAAGGGGUAAAAAACCUUUGUGAUAAAGAGGUUAUUGAAGAUAGAGAUGAUUCUAAUGCGGCAGAAUCUGUUAACAAGAAGGCUAGUGAAACUACUACUGAAUGUUUGAAGGAGAGAGAUGAGAAUGACGGUGGCAAGAUUUGUUUGGCUGAUUCUUUCAUUGGGCCGCAAAAUAUGGAAAUUGAUGAGUCCUCUAUGGUUAGCCUCCCGAAUGAAAACGAAAACUUGAGUAUGUGCAACGUAAUCGAAGUUGACCAUCACCAGAAAGGGAUAACUUCUUUUGCAGAUAAUGAUAUAGAUGCCAAGACAAGUGGUCUCAACUCUGUCAAGGUCAAGGUAGAGAAGGAUGACUCCAUGACAAAGUCAUGUGUUGCUGUGGUUGGAAAUGAGAACAUUGAUUCAGGUAACAAGACCUGCAGCAUUAUCUCAUCUGUUCAAGAUGAACAGCUGAUUGGUGAUUGUGCAUUGGGUCCUAUCCAGUUAAGCUCUAAAUAUCUACAAAAGCUACAUGGCGCUCUAGCUACAAAAGAAAACGUGUUGACGCAGACUGCCUUGAGAGUUCUUCUCAGAAAAAGAUAUAAACUGGCUUGCCAAUUACGAAAUCUUGAAGAUGAGAUUGCUGCGAAUGAGAGAAAUAUUCAUACGAUUUUGGAUGGGUCUGAACAUGACUUGGCUGCGAAGAUAGAGGCCAUUGUAGAUUCUUUUGAUGAUGUAUGCCUAAAAAGCGAUUACGGAACUCAAGAUAGGACUUGUCAACAGUUUGAAGACGAAGGCUCAUCUGAGUAUAGGAGGAAGAAGAGAUUGUCUGAGGCUGUCCUCAGUUUGCGAAAUUCAUGUCAGGUCUGUUGCUGGGGAUUUGAUUUUACACGCUUUCUGCUCUUGGAUUGUAUUUGGGCAUUAUUUCUUCUUUUGAAGAACUGGAUGACAUAUGCUACGAGAACAAUUGGACGUUACCAACAUAUCAUGUAUUGCCAACAGAGGGUGGAUUCCGUGCCAAUAUAACUGUAAAAGGGGUAGAUUUCGAGUGCUCGGGAGGAAGUGACUUGCACUCGAUUCCUCGUUUAGCAAGAGAGUCGGCUGCAUCACAAUUACUUGCAAAAUUACGCAGCAUGGCCGUCCAAAGCCAGUAGGGUUUCUGCAGAAUCUGGCAAGCUGCAUGGGAUGGGAGGUAGAAAAGCUGCAAAAGCACCAGCACCAGCACCUUGACAUAGUGUUCUUAGCCAGCUCCCAUGUAAAUUUAGAAGGGAAUGUAAAAAUGACUUGAUAAAACAAUAGCUUGAAGUAUACUAUGUUUUAUGGACUGUUGUUCGUUCCCUAGUU